CGUCAUCCCCAUGGUCGUACCUCUGCCCGCGUCGCUCCAAGGAAAGGAAGGCCUCAAUCGCCUUGAACAGCUCGCCGACACAUACGGCACGCCGCUACAAGUGUACGACGAGCAGAUGAUCCGCGAUAACGCGCGCCACCUCUUGACCACGUUUCGCGCGCAGUUUCCGUCAUUUACCCAGUUUUACGCGGUCAAGGCCCUGCCAAACCCUGCGAUUCUCAAAGUGCUGUAUCAGGAAGGAUGCGGAUUUGAUUGCUCGUCGACGGCCGAAUUGCACAUUUGCAAGACGCUCGGCGUACCGGGUGACAGAAUCAUUUACACGUCCAACUACACGUCCAAGCAAGAUCUCGCUGUCGCGUAUGACAUGGGCGUGAUUAUCAACCUCGAUGACAUUUCGCUCGUCGACUCGCUGGUCGAAGUGCGAGGCCGUGUUCCCGACCUCAUGUGCUUUCGAUUGAACCCGGGUCUCGGUCGCACGGACUCUGAGACCAAGUCGAACGUGCUGGGCGGCCCGGACGCCAAGUUUGGCGUUCCCCCCUUCCAGAUUGUCGAAGCUUACCGCAAAGCGCAAGCCGCGGGAGCCACCCGUUUCGGCCUCCACAUGAUGACUGGGUCAUGUGUGAUGAACAACGAGUACUGGAAGGAAACAGUCACGUGUUUGUACAAAACGGCGAUGCAAAUUCAACAAGAACUCGGGAUCACGUUUGAAUUCAUGAACAUUGGCGGCGGCCUCGGCAUUCCGUACCUUCCCGACCAGCCUCGCGUGGAUCUUCAGUCGGUCGUCGCGCUCCUUCGCCAGACCUUUGACGAUCUCAUGGGCGCACACGAUAACACAACUCUCCCCAUGCUGUGCAUGGAGAACGGUCGGUACAUGACAGGGCCAUACGGGUGGUUGAUUGCCCGUUGCCAGGCCGUCAAGGAAUCCUAUGCCAAGUAUUACGGGCUGGACGCAAGCAUGGCGCACUUGAUGCGACCUGGCAUGUACGGCGCAUACCACCACAUCACAGUGCCCGCUCGCGAGCUGGACCAUUCUCCCUGGAUCAAGGCCAACAUCGUCGGCGAUUUGUGCGAAAACAACGAUUGGUUUGGCAAGGACCGAGAUAUUCCCGACGCCAAAGUUGGCGACCUCUUUGUCAUCUACGACACUGGCGCCCACUCGCACUCCAUGUGCUUUCAGUACAACGGCAAGCUGCGAUCCCCGGAGGUCUUGCUUGCGGCAGACGGCACCCCACGCCUCAUUCGCAUGCGGGAAACGUACGACUCGCUCUACGGCAACUGCGUCGUCCCCUCCGAUUUGUAAAGUAGCAGGAGGCCACCUCCCAUGGAAUAGCGGUCUCGACGGAACUCGAGCAGUCAAGCUCCCGCCCGGCAGCCAACUGUCAAAAGAGUAUUUCGGUCGCCUCGAUUCACACGGCCAACAAACAUCGUUUGAAUGGAAUCGGAACUGCCUUCACCAUA